CAGCUUCCACCAUACCACCCACAUCAAAAGAAUCACAAUGGCCAAGCUCACAAUCCUAGCAACUGCCCUUAUAGCCCUCUUAGCCCUUGCCCAUGCAACCCAGACCACCAUCACCACCACCGUGGUGGAGGAGGAGAACCCCGGGCAACAGCAGCGCUGCCGCGAACAGAUCCAGAGGCAGCAAAACCUCCACGACUGCCAAAGUUACUUACAACAACAGGCGAGAGAGUAUGAGGUGGCAAUGAUCACCAACCAAAACCCACAGCAGCAGCAGCUCCGCCAGUGCUGCCAGCAACUGGAGAACCUAGACGAUCAGUGCCGGUGUGAGGGCAUUAGGGAGACUGUGAGGCAGCAGAGGGAGCAGGGCGAGAUGCAGGGGGAGGAGAUGAGAGAGAUGAUGCAACAGGCUGAAAACCUUCCUUCCAGGUGCAACCUUAGCCCUCGACGCUGCCAAAUCCGGGCCUCUUUGUUCUAAAUGUAGCCCCUGUCUUAGCCAUAAGCAUGAUAAUAAAGCCCAAUUUCUCUAGCUGGUUUUUCAGUUAGACAAAAGAGUGGCUAUAGUAACAAGCACAUGAUCCUGGGAGUUUAUUGGUAUGGUUUUUAUUUAUGUGUUCUCAACUUUGAGGCCUUGUACUAAGAAGAGUCUUCAUGAUCUAGUAUGAAAUUUGCGUCAUUAUCUUCUUUCCUUCUUUUAA